AUGAACCGCCGAGCGCUGGCCCGGAAGGCUGCGGGCGCCAAGGUGGCGGCCCCCGCGAGCCUGAGCGCCGAGAACGCGGGCGUGGAGAACGUGGGCAAGAAGCUGGAGCUGCGGCUGGCGGCGGGCGACUUCUACGGCGCGCUGCAGAUGUACAAGACGCUGUUCAUGCGCUUCCUCAAGGGGGACGAGCCCAGCGCCGAGCAGCAGGAGAAGGCGGCGGCGCUGGCGCUGGACGCGGCGCUCAAGCUCGUCGAGCACGACCAGAACACGGCGGCCACCGAGAUGGCCAACCUCAUGGUCUCGGUCUUCGCGGACUUCCACCACCCGGUGGACGACGCGCACAAGCAGCGCGUGCGCCUCGUGGCCGCCGCCUUCGAGCCCAAGCCGCAGUUCAGCGCCGACCUCGCCGUCUUCCUCAAGAACGCGGUCAAGUGGUCGGCGGCCGAGGGCGCCCGCAAGCGCGGAGACCCGGAGCUGCAGCUGCUGCUGGCGCGCGCCUACCGCACGGCGGGCGACUUCACGCACGCCAUGAAGCACUUUUUGCACUCCGAGAACCCGCAGGAGCUGGCCGACGCGCUCUUCCAGUGGUCGACGCAGGGAUACCCGAGUGAAUCCGACCUGUACCUGGCUCGGGCCGUGCUGCAGCUGCUGAGCUUGGAGAACCUGCGCGACGCGAACAAAGUGUACGAGGCGUACGUGGCCAAGUGCCAGAGCGCUGGACGCCCGGUCGACCUGCCGCUAUUCAACUUCACGCGCUUCUUGCUGCUGACGCUGGAGCGUGAUGCACUCCCGCUCUUCCAGAUGCUCCAGGAGCGCUACACUCCGGCGCUUGCUCGCGAUAGCAGCCUCAAGAGCUAUUUAAGCGUGAUCGGCCAGAAGUUCUACGGACUCCAGCCGCCGCGGUCGGGACUCAGCUCUCUGCUCGAGAUGUUUUCGGGUGGCAUGCAGUAG